AUGAAUAUUCCAGCGCACGCACCUAACUGUACCACGAAACAGAAACGGCGAAGUAUGAAUUGGAAUGCAUUUGCGUUGGCAGUUUCCAUACCUGCCAUAGUCAUUCAAGCAGAGAUAGUCCUUCAAGCAGAGACACCUCCAGUCCCUCAGCCAGAGCCGAUUGCAGUGACUGAGUUGCCUUUACCUCCUGUGGCCCCCAGCAACCACAGCGGCGCCUGUACAAAGAGCAUCAACCCACAUGGGACUGGUUGCAUAGGAAUUACCUCGGACACCUUCCAAGCCGGCGAUUUUACGCCCGACGGGAACCACGUUCUUGCGAAUGUCGAAUUUGUUGGUGCGCCAACGGCCCCGGACCCGGCCAGCGUUUACACUGGCCAGCAAUUGAUUGCUGUCAAGGUUGAUGGGUCACUCUUCCCUAAUGGGGAUCCAUGGAAGUGCCUCAGCUGUGGCGUCCCUGCAGGGCAAGCACAAAGCCUUGAUCCCGCAAGGGAUUACCCUCAUGCUGCUCGAAAUGGCCGCCAAGCUUUAUGGGGCCACAACAUACUCGACUGUGGUGAUGCUCUCCUCGUGAGCGAUGAAUGUACUCCAAACAAAACACAUGUCUAUCCCAUUUACUGGUCCAGUGGAAGUAUGCGAGAGUUGCGGAUGCAUCCGGAUGAUGUCCACAUGGGUUGGAGCUCUUUCACCAAAGGAGGCCAGAACGCCUUCUUUGGGCGUUUGCUGUUCAACCCAAACCCAACGACCGGAAGUCCUGUCGUUCCUCGGUAUGAAUUGAUAGAUGUGAACAUUCUGGUCGAUCCAAACGGCCGCCCCUCGAUCAUGGCGGAGGGCACGCAGCUUAGAUUACAUGACGAGGCAAUUGUUGUUGGCGAGCUGCGCGGCUUUAGUGGCGCUGGGGACGAGAUUCUCUACAUUGGCCCGACAAGAGAGGCGAACAAUGUGGACCUCUUCGCAGUGCAUGUCACAUCCGGUGCUGUCCGUCGUCUGACUAGCCACCCGGAGUACGCAGAUCCCAUUGCCUUUUCUCAUGACAAUCGAUGGUUCGUGGUCAUGGAUACCCGGGGAUCCAACCGCCAGAUGUGGAUGUCAGGCAUGCAAUAUGUGCCCCCGCUGAUCGACCUGGUCACCAUGACAGCAGCUUCGUCUACCCGUAACAACGGUGCUCGUCGCUUCUUCCAGCCAAUUUUGGUUGAUAGAUAUGGAGAUCGAGGAUCAUACUUUGGCCAACAGGUCAACGCUGCUGGUAACGGCACAAGCGGCAGUGUCAACGAUCCCAAUUGGAACGGGCGCGCAGACCCUGCAUUCUCUCCGGAUGGUACAAAGAUCGUCUUCUGGCAAUCGUUAGUAAUUCCUCCCGCAUGCGGUGAUCCGAAUCCUCUUCCUUGUCCCGUUUCCACUGCCCCAGGUGGCCGUACAUACCGGGUGAUACUGGCCCAUCUCACCAGUCGACAACCAGCGGCUCCUGCACCUGUCUAUAAAGUACCAGAUAUGAUUCCCUGGGCGAGAGCUUUUUCUCCCGGCGCUAGUACCCCUCCACCAUACCAAUUGACAGCUGGACUUUAUUCUCUUCCCGGAAAAGUGCACGGCAUAGCGCAGGUGCAUCUCACGGCUUACCCAGGGUUCGGAGGCUUCAAAACUGUCGCUGUAAACUACACCAACUACAGCGACGACGGCCGGCAUUUUAUCCAUGGCCGGGAAACGGUGACUCUGACAUUGUCUGAGUCAAACCCCUGGUGGAAUCAUCUGGAUUGGUACUCGGAUUUGACCCAAACAGGCGCCGUACAGGCUACCAAGCGGACCGGCCCCGGGGGGUUCCAAUUAUCUAUUGAUGCUAUGCAGAAUAUUUUCGAGGCAAAUGGCACGCUGACAACUACGGUAGGUGGAGUUGUCUAUUUGCAGCCGGCAAAUGGGACAUGA